AUUAAUGUUCACAUAUAUGAGUACUGAGAUGUCAUCUGCCUAAAUUUAUCACUCUUUUUUUGUUUUGAACUACCUGCAAAAGAAUCUUGUAGUUUAUUAUUGAAAAUUGGGGCUCUUUUCCUUUCUUCCUAAAAAAUCAUCCUCACAUAGGGACUCUAAACUAGAAAAGCUGAGAAAAAUGGCUCAUGCAUACAACCUUAUGAGAAACAAAACUUGCAUAGUUCAAGGAAGAUAGCUUGUGGGCACUAUGAUUGGGAAAAUUUUCUCAACUGAAGUCCCAAACUUGUACAUCCAAGCCUGAUCAUCUCAUUUCCCCUCUCUACAUCAGGGUUGGUGUUGUCAGCAGUUCAGUGUCAUCUGCAAUGGCAGCUGGUUCAGGGGAACAACUUGAAACAGUAUUUGAAUGCAUGAAAAAUGACCGUCUGAGGACAAUUGUCCUCGUCGGGAAACCAGGCGUUGGAAAAACAUGGAUGGCAAGGAAAUUAAGUGAUCAUGCUAUUAGGGAUGGACUGUUUGACCUUAAUCUAUGGCUGUCCCUUAACAGACAUUAUGACUCUAUAACUCUUUGCGAGAGUAUUGCUCAUCAGUUAUCUCUACUUCCUGUUUCUGACGAGUGGAAAUUUGAAGAAAGUAGCGAGAACUUCAAUGAGAAUGAUAUUAACCAUGAGCAAAAAAAAGAGUAUCUAAGAGCAAAAACAUUGGAAGCACUGGAACAGAAGAGGUUCCUUAUAAUCUUGGAUGCUGAGGGAAGUCAAAUGACCAGUCAUGACAUUUUGCGUGAAUUGAAAAAUCUGCAGCUCCUAGAUGGAAAAGAGUCAUAUAAGUUCUGAAUCACUAGCACACAACACAGAGAUGAUCGUGGUCCUGAGGGGGAAACAAAAACAAUAAAUGUAGAGUGCUUGUCUGAGAAUGAGUCACUAAACUUGUUGCAAAAGCUUGUUGACACUAAAGUUUAUAAGCUUUCCCGCAUUAAGGACUUGGCUAAAUACUUCCUUGGGAAAAGACAAAGAUUUCCAUUUGAGGUGACCAUCAUGGCAAAAGUCCUAAAUCAUUUUGGGCAAAACGAGUCAGGAAUUUGCCAUUUGGAAAGCAUUGAGGAGAAUAAUGUCGAAGAUUGCAAUGUACUGCAGUUGCUGACCUAUGGAUACGAGUUGUUUCCAAGAAACAUAUUGAUUGAUUUCUGUUGGAUUGGUAACCACUUCCUCCGUAAACGUGGAAGUUUCUACUUUGGUGAAUUGAUUAGCUAUUGGAUACUAGAAGCAUAUCUUGACAACAACUGUUCCAUUGAGGAUGCUUACAAGAAGGGGCACACUAUUUUGAUGGAGCUCGUGGAUUGCGGGCUACUCAAACAGCUAGAGUCUGGUCAUGUUGGCAUGACCGAGGCAAAAUAUGAUUUGGAUGAUUUUGAUUACUGUAAAUUUGUUCAAACAACUCAACUGGGAUUGGCUUCUGUCUUUGAUGGUGAACUUGGCAGAGUUGUGCAGGCAAAGGGAAUGAUAAAAACAAGUGGUGCUGGUGAGAUUAGGAAGAAGAUAUCAACAUUAUUGCUUGACCUAGAUUGUCUCGACAGUGAAGUCCCCAGUGAUUUCUUUCAUUGUGGAAAGGAACUUGAAGUUCUUGCUAUCUUCAAUCCUGGACUUCAACCAUUCCCUCUGCCCUUAUUUGAGAUGGAUAAACUCCAUUUACUUGUGCUUCGAGGAUGCAACUUUUUGGUGAGUAUUGAACAAUUCCUGAAAUUUGAGAAUCCAAUUUGUUCUGAAAACUCUGCUCCUCUCUGUGUCUUUCAAAAAUUAACUGUUCUUGAAAUAUCGGGUCCUAGUGCCUUGAAGCAUAUUCCAGAUAAACUUUUCAAUCAUACACCUCAUCUUAGAAGCACCAACCUUUCGUUUCUUGAGAUUGCCUCAUUACCAUUGUCUCUUUAUGAUCUGAAAGGACUAGUUUGGCUCAUCCUUAGAGGCUGUUCUGAUUUGCAAGAAGUACGAAGCUUGAAAAUGCUAGACAAACUUGAGGUGCUUGACCUUAGUGGUGCUAGAUCUCUGAAAACUAUCCAAGACAAAUGCCUUUACUCAAAUCAGGAGCUCAGAAUACUGAAUCUUUCAGAGUCCCAGAUUACUAGUUUACCAAUGCUUAGAGAUCUGAAAAAGCUCACUCAUCUCUUGCUGCGUGAUUGUACCAAUUUGGAAAGACUUCGUAAGAUUACUGCACUUUCCAAUCUCCAAAUUCUUGAUCUUUCAGGUUCCACAAACUUUAAGGAAUUCGUUGAUCCAUCCUUUGAAAAGCUUGCCAGCCUGAAAGUCCUUGAUGUAUCACAAACUGCAGUUGAUAAAUUACCCUUAGACAUUGGCAGGUUGCACCAACUCUGUGUAAGAGAUUGCCCUCAGCUAAAAGAACUGCCGCUUACAGAAUCCGUUAAGGGCCUACUAAUACUUGAUCUUUCAGGCUCCUGCUAUCUGGAAGACAUUCCAGAAAGUUUCUUCAGUCACCCAACAAGCAUUGGAGUACUCAAUCUCUCACAAACAAACAUCAAAAGGCUACCUGCCCUUUCUGGCUUGCGUAACCUGCGUCGCCUGUUACUUUCCCAGUGUAUUUCUCUGGAGACAUUGGGAGAGUUAAAGUCUACAACCAAAUUGGAAAUUUUGGAUCUUUCAGGGUGUAAAGCUUUAAAAGAAGUACAGGGUAGAUCUCUUGAAAACAUGCAUCGCCUUCAAAAACUUGACCUGUCUGGAACAAACAUUACUUGUCUGCCAUCUCUUUCAUCAAACCUCCAUCACCUCAUACUGAAAGGUUGUUCUAACUUAAAAGAACUUCCGCCACUGAAUCAUCUAUCAAGACUUGAAGAAUUAAAUCUCUCUGGAGUCAGUUCUACAAAAAAAGUCGCACCCGAUCUAGAGCAUAUGGUCAAUCUUCAGAUCCUUGAUCUAUCUGACACCCAGUUGGAGAAGUUGUUCUCCUUGUUAAAGCUCAAAAACCUUAAAUACCUUUCCCUCAGAGGUUGUCCGUCUCUAAGUGAGGUACCAGGUCUAGAAGCACUUACAAAACUUGAAGUUUUGGACCUUUCUGGAACAGGUAUCAAGGAUUUGCCAUCCCUUGAGAAUUUUGGCAAUCUUCACAGGCUUCUCCUCAAAGGUUGUUUGAGCUUGGAAAAAUUUAAGGAUCUGAAGAUGCACGAAGUUCUGAAGGCUACUAUUGAAGAGCUUCCAUAUGAGAUCUCAAAAGUGACUUGUCUUGAGCAGCUUGAACUGCCAAUUUUCAGAGUUGGAGAGCGUGAUUCUGAAAAGGACAAAUUGCCAUCAGAAGAUCAGAGUCAGCUCCCAUGGAGCAUUUCCAAUUGGCCGAAGGAACCAGCUUUUGAUAAUAAACUCAUCAUAACUGUGAAUGGUAUUGAUUUUCUUCAAUUCUUGAAGGAUAAUCCAUCAUUUUGGAACGCAAGUUUCACUCAGUUCCAUUUCUUUUUUCAUCCUACUGAGGCAUAUGGUAGAUAUGGAGAUAAGAAUUUCUACAGAAAUGAACUGUUACUCAGAGAUCUCUACUUCAACACAAGGCAACUUUCUGCUCCUAUGGGGAGAGAAUGGUCCUUGGAAAUUCGUGGAUUCAUUUGUUUCCCCAAGUGUCUUGGCCUUAUCCUAGCUCAUGCUGAAUGCAUUAUUUUGGUUGAUGAUCCAUUUCUCACAUGCUUAUCUGACUUAGGCACUGACAAUAUUAAGAAGAUGAAUGCCUGUUGGAUAGGGAGAUGCAAUGAAAUGAAGGAUCUUUUCCACACAGAAAAAGUCGAAGAUGCAGCCAGAUCAGGUGGAAGUACCAAUACUGGGUUGCCGGAGCAAGAUGUUGGAGAUUUAAGAAUCGGGGAGAAUUUAGAAGUUCUCUGUGUUACUCAUGCUGCUAGUUUGAGGAGCAUUUGCAAAGGGGACCUGCAAAGCAGUAGCCUAAGAAAUCUGAAGUGUUUGUUGCUAGAACAUUGUCCUCAAAUUUCAGCUCUUGCUGCUUCACCCGAACAGCUAGGAAACCUUGAAACUCUUCAACUCAGAUUCUGUGACAAACUGGUGACAUUAUUUGAACAAGAGCUAGCUGCAUUUCCAAAAUUGCAUACCUUAAAGCUAUGGGCCCUCCCAGAAUUUAAAAAUGUUAGAUGCGUCUUGCCAGCUCUACAAACUUUAGAGAUUGGGGAGUGCCCCAUGCUUAUAAAUGUCUUUUCUUCCCCUCACGUAUUAGUUAACCUCCGGAACCUUCAAAUCAAAUUUUGUGACGCAAUGGAAACUGUCUUUGGAUGCGGCAAUUUGACACUUCCAAAUUUGGAAAUGUUGUGUCUGUGGAAUUUACCAGAGCUGAGGAGUGUUGGUGCUGACUGGCCAUCAUCAAGCAAGGAAGUUGUUCGUGAAUGCCCAAAACUGUCUUUGCGAAAGAGGAAUUAAAUUUCAAAGGUCAAGUUCAUAUUGGAGUAUGACAUUGAAAGAAGAAUAGUCGGGUGGAGGGAAGAAAUAUGAUUCUUCGCGUGCUGAUUGCUGAAUAGAUACAGCUUCAGGUUCCCAGAUGGAGUGGUGCUUCAACAAUUAGCCAGAAUUGGAGUCAUUAAAGAAAGAUGGGCAAUAUUGCAGGAGCAAUGGAAUUUUGUGUAUUUUUCUUUGACACAGGAAACAUCAUGCUGCUUUCUUGAAUUGACACUCAUGUUUAUUUUGUUAAUGAUCUUGACGUUGCAGCUGUUGUACGUACGUGUGCAAUAAGAGGGAAGUUUCAGUAUCUCAAUAAUUGGGUUGUUGAAAGCAUGAAAAUUCUUUUUGGACGAGAGUAUGGAGUUUGCCAUUUUUGCUCAUGGUGAACUUAUACUGCUAUUAUCAUCAAUGAACAGUUGAAUUUUGACCGGUUUCUAACCCA